CAGCCGCUAGGAUGAAUGUGGCGCCUCUCUCUGUGCUGCUCACCUGCUGGACUUUGACUUUCGUCUUCGCUUCUUUCCAGCGCACGGCUUACGGCUGGGGCGCUCGGGCCGCCGGUCGGGUCAGUCCGGCUCGGGUGACCCACACCCGCGCCGACGGCAAGGAACGGACGCCUGCGGCCAUCGGUGCACAAGGUGGGAAGGUGGGUGCUGCGGCGGGCGGGGCGACCCGACAUCAAGUUGUACUCAAAGGGCCCUCCCAGGUCCCCAAGGGUUCCAUCCAUCCGGGUGGAAGUGUCAAGGUGACGCCGCCCGACUACAUGUUGUCUCUGUACCGGAGCCGCUCCCAUGGUGCGCACAACCGCAGCAUGGCCGACACUGUCACCAGCUUUGUGGACAGAGGUCAAGAUGAGAGGGGUUCCGUCCUGAGGCGUCAGCAGUACCAUUUCAACAUCUCUUCUUUGGAUCCAGACGAACUUUUGGGAGCAGAACUUCGCAUCCUGAGAAAGCCCUGGCCCGACCUCCGCAAGGCCGCACUGGGCGGGGCCCCGUGGUUGAAGCUGUUCGAGUGUGGGCACGCUAGACAGAAGGCAGUUCUGCUGCAGACAAUGGCGGCCGAGCCUUUGGAGGCUUCCCACGGCAGGUGGGAGGUGUUCAACGUGUGGAACUCGGUCAAGGGCUUUAAACGGACCCAACGGAACCAGCCACUGUGCUUCCAACUGGAAGGGGGCGGUGGCACCGACCUCCGCUCGCUGGGCUUGGGUCGACCCAGAAGGAGCGACAAGGAGAUGGCCUUCCUGCUGGCGUUCGGCCGUAGCAAUAAGUCCGAUCUGUUCUACAAUGAGAUUCGAGCCCGGUCCGGUCACGACAACAAAACCGUCUACGAGUACUUGUUCACACAGCGACGCAUGAGGCGAGCUCCGCCCACCAGGGCCCUUCAAAAGCUACCUCCGCAGGCCUUCCCUCCGAAGACACGGGCGCGGUGCCAGCGGCGCCGCCUCCACGUCAACUUUAAAGAAAUGGGUUGGGACGACUGGAUCAUCGCGCCGCUCGACUACCAUGCCUUCCACUGCGGCGGCGCCUGCGACUUCCCGCUCCGCUCUCACAUGGAGCCCACCAACCACGCCAUCAUACAGACCCUGCUCCACUCCAUGGACCCGCUCUCGGCCCCGCCCUCCUGCUGCGUGCCCACGCGCCUCAGCCCAAUCAGCAUCCUCUACGUGGACUCCAACAACAACGUGGUCUACAAGCAGUACGACGAUAUGGUGGUCGACGCCUGCGGCUGUAGGUAACGCGCUACCUACAGACUGACUCAGGAAGUAGAUGGUUCAAAUGGUAAAUGUGGCCUCAAUAAGAAUGUUCCAACCAGGUUCUCUGUCGCUAUUUUAAUGGCAUAUGGAAGUGGGCAGGGCUAAGCAAACAGUGAUGGAGCAGAAGAGGGCUUACACAGGUCAGAGUAAUAUUUAGAUAUACAGUAAGUACAAAAGUAUCUCAUACUGAUAGUCUUGGCAGAACUGGUGGGGACGGCAUGGCACAGUUGGAAGAGUGGCCGUGUCAGCAACCUGAGGGUUCCUGGUUCGAUCCCCAUCUACUACCAACCUCGUCACGUCCGUUGUGUCCUUGAGCAAGACACUUCACCCUUGCUCCUGAUGGGUUUUGGUUAGGGCCUUGCAUGGCAGCUCCCGCCGUCUGUGUGUGAAUGGGUGAAUGUGGAAAUAGUGUCAAAGUGCUUUCAGUACCUUGAAGGUAGAAAAGCGCUAUACAAGUAAAACCCAUUUACCAUUUAACUGCGCUACUCGUUUGGCAACCUGUGGAAAAGUGCCAGCAGGUACGGGCAUGUAAGCCUGACGAGCCCGAUUUUGUUUCCACUAAUCAGAACCACCUGUGGGAAAGACGCCGGUUAACAAGCAUGCAACUACAGUAUGUGUAACAGUUUUUCAGUCUGCCUGCUCAGUCCAGCCCAAGCCAGGCUUGAAUCAGCGACUGUGGGCUUACCAGUGAAUGAGAGUUAUGCGAGUCGAUGAGCUAAAAAGCCCUGAGCUGUCAGCUCGCCGUCCAGCACGGUCCGGAAGUGCAGCACGGCCACACUAGAUGGCAACCGUCACAUGUGCACGUGUCCCUCAGUGGAACAUCCAAUAACCUUCAGGGACCUUAAAGAGCUUUG